AUGAUGCCCCCGCGGGGGGCGGUGGGCUCCUGCCGCCGGCGGCGCCUGGCGCCCCUCAACGAGGACAACGGGCGGUUCCUGCUGCUGGCCGCCCUCAUCGCGGCGUACCUGAGCGCCGGCGCCACCGUCUUCUCGGCCCUCGAGAGCCCGUCGGAGGCGGCGGCGCAGCUCCGCUGGAACCGGACCCUCCACAACUUCAGCCGCAUCUUCAACAUCAGCCUGCCGGAGCUGCGCGCCUUCCUGCGGAGCUACGAGGCGGCCAUGGCCGCGGGCGUCCGCGUCGACGCCCUGCGGCCCCGCUGGGACUUCCCCGGCGCCUUCUACUUCGUGGGCACCGUCGUCUCCACCAUAGGUUUUGGAAUGACCACACCAGCAACUGUGGCUGGAAAAGUAUUCCUCAUCGUUUAUGGACUUUUUGGGUGUGCUGGUACUAUCCUCUUCUUCAACCUCUUCUUGGAGCGCAUCAUCUCCCUCCUGGCAUUUAUUAUGAAGGCCUGCUACGAGAGACAGCUGCGAAGAAGUGGUCUCCUACCUCCCAACUUCCGAAGGGGGCCAGCUGUGUCCGGGGUGGGCAGCCUCGUGGGCUGGAAGCCAUCCGUUUACCACGUGAUGCUUAUCCUGGGAAUUUUUGCUAUAGCCCUUUCCUGCUGCGCCUCCGCCAUGUACACAGCAGUGGAAGGAUGGAACUACGUCGAUUCCUUGUAUUAUUGCUUUGUCACCUUCAGCACCAUCGGCUUUGGAGAUUUGGUAAGCAACCAAAAGGCUGCGUACCAACAUCAGGGAUUAUACAGAUUCGGAAACUUCAUAUUUAUAUUAAUGGGGGUAUGUUGCAUAUACUCCCUUUUUAAUGUCAUCUCAAUCGUAAUCAAACAAAUUUUGAACUGGGUGUUGAAAAAAUUCGAAUGCAGAUGUUGCCCAAAGUGCCAUAAAUCCAGUACCCGCCUGAGCCGUCGCAACGCCAUCACCCCAGGAGCCCGCCUGCGCCGCCACAACGUCGCCAUGGACGCGGACGGACAGUAUGACAGUGACACCGAGGGCAGGAGGCUCUCUGGAGAGAUGAUCUCCAUGAGGGAGCUCACAGCGUCCAGUAAAGUUUCCCUGGCCAUUUUGCAGAAGCAGUUGUCCGAGACAGCCAACGGCUACCCGAGGAAUGUCUGUAUCAAUACGAGACAGAACGGUUUCUCUGCAGGGGUGGGGGCUCUGGCCAUCAUGAACAACCGCUUGGCAGAAACAAGUGAUUCUAGGUAGAGUUUUUGGAAUUCCUUUUGUUUCUCAAAUAAAAAUUAAAAGGGCGGUUAGGGUGGAAUUACCGCUGUAAGCUACUGGAAAGUUUUGCAUUUCAGAGACAGCCUUGGUAUUCUUUGGGUGUUCAGCGUUUUACUUUCUGGGGGUUUUAUAAGUUUUCUCUAAUAUGCGGUGAGAUCUUUACCAUUAUGUUACAAUUUUCCCCUAAGGGGGUUUUAAAUGAGACUUGGAUGUCUGUGAUGCAGAAUCUGGUGCAAUCACAGAAGGAUAAUGUGCAUGGUUAGGAUGGUGUCAAAACCAACACGUUCUUCUUCAGAACAGAGCCUGAACCCAAACUCUGUGUUAAAAAGGCAUAAAGUGGGCAAGCUGAGCUCUGGAUUCAAACAUGGGAUUGGUAAGUUUUGACUAACCAGUAUCUCACAGUUUGCUGAAGUCUGGAUCUGGUCCUGAGCCUUGUACUCAAUGCUCUUCAGCAAUUCCUCGUAGCAGGCCUCUAUGUGACAUACACGUAGCUUUAGGUGUUGUCACACCAGCUUUAGGGUGACUGUGCUUCACUUCAGUAAUCCCAGUGGCUUCAGUGGCAGAGGGUAGAACGGGCUGAACUCCCCUCCUACAAAUGAUGGGGUUUGGCCAGGCUUAUCUGAAAGACGACCUGCCUAACUCUUAAAAGUCAGGGGAUUGUCAAGGACCAUGUUAAAGUGUGUAAAACUGUUCCUACCUACUGAAUUACAGAAAACAGGCAAUUGUCAGCUUCAGAACUGACUUGGUUUAAUGCAAGAGAAGCCGGUAUGCACCUCUGGGGUCAAAUGUUUGCAUCACUACAAAAAUGCUUACUUCGUUACUUUCUCAUUGAAAUAAGUCACUAAAAUGAAUGUGGGCUCUCUGUUGUCCUAAAUUUGCAUAUUUUACUUCUGCAGUUUUGUUGCAGAGAUUCAUGCAAAUCAUUUCCUUGCAGUUUUUUGAGGUCCCCAACCCUGUACUUGUUUCCCACAAAUCUGACUGUGCAGGUUGUACAGAAGAGCAUUGCUUUGGAGUUCCCCCAGAAGCUGGCUUCCCCAAAAAUGUUGAUACCAAGUCAUAAAUUGGCCUUUGGCUGUUGCUGCUACCAUCUUAAGCCAUAUUCAAUGUGUGCUAGCCCAAACCACUGAAGAGCCAAAAGCAAACCUGGUCUAGAGUGUGUAGUUUAGCAUGACAAGUGGAUGCAGAGGAUUUGCUGCAAACCUCUUUCAAAAGUACAUGCACAGCUCCAGAUCAUUUCUCUAAAUUCUCUUUACUACACUGUGUAGGUAAUAAAAAGGCUUAUGCUAAUUCCAAGCAAGAAAAAAAUUUUAAACUUACAUUCUGAGAAGCCUUCUCUUGGAAACUUACUGGAAAAUUGUAGGCAAGACCAUGAGUAGUAAAUUGGUCACUGAGUAAGUUGAGCAAGCUGAUGAACACACACUAGGAAUAUUAGAAAUGUUUGAAAUUGUUUCCAUGAAGUUUUAUAUAGAUAUUUUACUCUAUUUACUUACUUUGUUUUGCAUGGGUUUGGAGUAGCCAUCAUUUUUGCUUUCCUUUAAAUUUGUAGCAGUGCAAAAUGUUUUGGAAUUUAACCUUGGAAAACCAACUUUCAAAUUUGAGGUUUCGCACACCUGAGCCUGCCAGCUGAAUUAUGGCGAUGAAUUUAUCUUUUUCCUAACAGAAGGGAAUCAGAGCUGCAGAUAAACCAUCACACCAUCACACUGUGAUACAGUGGGUCUGUAUCACACUGUAAAUGUCACAGCUUUUAUCAAGAUGUGUUUGGCCAGAAACAAGCAGUGAUGAUUGUAAUGUGUUUCCAGCUGGCACAGACUUGCAUUUAAGAUUCUGUGGUAUGGGAGGGGCUGCAUUCAAGAGGUGGGAGCUUUCUUGGUUGUAGAGAGACUGUCAGGAGGUCCUUCUGUCAGAGUGCCUUCCUGUCUGUGCACUCAUCCUCUUUAAGGAGGCAGGAAGAGGUGUUUGUCCUCCUUUUGAAGCCCACUGAAGGAUAAAUUUAGGCAGGAUGUACAGGGACAGGUCAUGGUCCAGAAAAGACUCUGACUGCUGGAAGACCCAGUUCAGGUAGGUGCCUUCCAGAGAUGCAAGGGAAACAGCACAGGCAGGGAACCAAAAGAAUGAAAAUUUGUUAUUUCCCCUUGGGAUUACCCCCACAGGUAAAUCUCUUACUAUGAUGAUUUAUGUGUUUGUUUAUUAAAAGUGUGAAUGGGACCCUGCUCUUUUUUUGCAGCCUGACCUCUCUUAGGGUUGUAUCUUGGUGCUUUUGUCAUCAUGGGAACUAUUAGUCUUUAGAACUAUUACAUAAAUCAGGACAGACAGGCCCUGCCCCAAAGGACUUAGGAGUUUGAACAGAGCCACAGCAGAAUUACCUGUUUAUUAUUUAGAUAAUGAAAACAUGCUCAUGUAGCAACAUUCUGUGAGCUCAAGAAAUCUUAUUUCUAUGGUAACAAAUUUGCAAAUUAAGGGUUGGGGGUUUUUUGUUUUUGGUUUUUUUUUUCAGUGAGUUGUUUCAAAGGAUAAAUAUUAUACCUAUGAUUAGGAUCCUGUUUAAACUGUAAAUUUGUGAAUUGUUUUCAAACUACUAACUCCUGCCUGGAAAGUACAGUGAAGUAAAAUGAAAUUGUACAUACCUCUGUACUUUUUCUGAGUCCAGGCAAAGGCAGACACACAGUCUGCUGUAACAUGAUUGAAAUGUUUCCAUGCCUUUCUCGUACCAUCAGUCACAGGGGUGCCUUUGCAGGACCCUUUGCAGUUCCUGUUAACUCCUGAGGAAGUUGGACCAGCUCCUAGAGCUGGGCAUCUCAAAGAAUUUGGGCAUCAUAUUGCUGCUCUGUUCACUUAGAUCUAAUGUUUACUUACACCCAAGAUCCUUGAUAAUCUGCAUUCUGCUUCUCUUUAGCCUCAGAGGCACGGAAAAUGCAUGCCCAGUUAUUUACCAGUGGCCCUGUUGCCUGCAGGUCAUGUAUCCCCAGAAGCUGACAUAAGUCAACCAUAGGGACUGCCAGGUCUUAUCUAAGUCCUGCAAAAAUCUCCAAACCCGUCUGGCUCAGCAAAGCUCAGUUUAUAAGAGGGUCAGAGCACAGUUACCGACCUGGGAAGCAUCUGCUUAAGGGUGGCCUUACAGUUCCCUCACAUUCAGUAGCAGAAGUAUUUUUCAAGGAUGCGUGGAAACCAAACUCCAAAUCUCUACUCUUCAGCCUGCCAGCCCUACCUGGGCACCCAUCACCCCUGUGCAUGAGAGCACAAGCCAAGAGGACAUAGGAGGUUUGAGAUCAGUCUUUCCUAGUCCCUUGUGCUCUUCCUUUUAACUUUUUUUUUUUUUAAUGACCAUUCCUCUUCAAGCUUGCAGGCUUGGGCACCUAACUCCUCUUUUACUGUGUGUGAUCCAGCUCGGAUUCCCUAGGGCAGCCUGCUCCAUUCACGAAACCACUACACCCCUAAACAUGCACCAGUUGCACCAGGUGCAAUUCCUCCUGGUCCUUCAUUUUCACAGACAAAGCAGAUACCAGCAGUACCUGGAGACAGACUGAAGCACAAGAAAUCAGAAGGAAACAAGGAGGAACAGAGUGAGAAAGUGAAAGCACACUGCACUAGAUUGCACUUCCUUUUCAGGUAACUUGGGAGUUGUAUUACAUUCUUGAAAUGGAUUUUUUUUUUCCAAAUUUAAUUAUGGAUAGCCUUGAAAGAAUACAGUCGAGUUAGGUUUUAAAAGUUCGUCUUCCGUGAUACAGCCCCCUCUGCACCACCCUGUAGAACAGCAGCAGUAACUCUUCACUGACACAGACCAAGACAUCCCAUCUGCGUGCCGAGCCUACAGGCAACACAGACCUGAGCUCAGACCCUGUCCCUCAGAUUGGUCUUUUGCUGCCUGAGCCCAGGCAAGAGCAGCAGAAAGCUGCAGGAAUUAGGACUUCUCUGUGAGCUGGCCCCUAGUGAGAACAGCAAUGGCAAGGGUAUGAGCUGCUUGGACAAAGGAGAUACCAUGUUUGCCUGGCACCUGCACUAAUACCUUUCAGAUGAAAAUUAAAAUUUAGGUGAAAAUUAAUGAGCAACAAUGACCAAAUUCAAGGGCAUCUUCUCUUAGCCCUGGAGGUCAAUGCAGAACAGUCGCAAGGAAUAGUUUCUUGUGAAACCUUUAGCAUUUGGCGAGUCACUACAUUGACCUCUAGGGCUCUGUCUUCCCUGUGUGUGUCUUGGACAAAGUUUGGAGUCACACCAAGGUGUCAUCUGGUUCUCAUUGGUUUCUUCCCAUCUGCAAACACAGUUCUCAUUUAGAAAGAAAUCAAAUGGCUCUUUAUUUCCGUGCAGUGCAAAGGACAUCCUUCAGGCCAUGUAGAUGUUCAGAGCAAUCUCAGUGACCUCGGCCGCAGACGGCAGUGUCUGAGGGACAAGGCUGUGCUUUGCUUCCCUGCAGAAGCAAUGCUGCACAGCAAUGCAUACAGAGGUUCUUUAGGCAGUUGCCAGCUCUGAUUGCAACCAGAAUUACUGGUGGAAGACAGGAAUCCCACGAGAGCUCUCUGGGACUGCCCUGUGCCGUGCUCAGGUUACCCAGAAAUGCCCCUGUUGGUGCAGUGCUGCUGUCCCAGCACAGCUUCAGCCCUGGCCCUCAGUCUUUUCUCCUCCCCAGCUUUCUGUGGGUGAAAAAUUGAGUAUACUAUGACCAUUUACCCAUAUUUCAGUCAUGCCUUGCUGCUGAAAAACUUUAGCAGCAGUGGAGGUCAUAUAGCCAGGCAUGUGGGCUUGGUAUAAACCUGAUUGCCUGUGUGGGAUGAAUUUAUCACUAUAUGGAAAUUAGCUGUAGCAAUGAAACCAUUCUCACAUUUUAGUAUUUUUCUAGCCUUUAACUUGAAAAAUAUUCAGUGGCAAAUCAUUGCAGUGAAUGUUCAGAGCUAAUCUCAACAAAAUCAUACUCUGCUGAUUGCUAGCGUAGCAAAUCUGUGGGUAUGGCUGCUGCUCUAAUUGGAUUACUAAUGUGCCUUUCCAAACCAACACACGUCUGCAGUGUUACAUUUAAAUAGUACAAUAAAUGCUGUGUUACAUAAUAAAUUCAAUUAGGAAAAAUUACUACUUGACUCACACAAAAUAACUAAUUAAGGGUGCAUUGCACACUUUACAACUAAUAUGCAAUUUCUUUUUCUUUUUUUUUUUUUUGUGAAUAUGUCCAUAUUUGAGCUCAAAUUAUGCUUUCAUGAAUGCUAGGAAAAGAGAAGCACUACAUUGUGGAAAAUAAAGGAAAGUAUAGACAAUUCCACUGAGAUUUGACACAAAGGCUAUACAUGUUAGCACAUACACAGUAAGGGGUUCAUUAUGCAUUAUAAAUGCAUUGUGUAAUAAUGGCACUGAGGAAAGACUGCUUUAGUUUACAUGGCCACAGUCUGCAGCUACCAAUAAAGACAUACCUUUUUUCUUUCUCUCUUUGUGUGCUAAAUGUGUAACAUCCACCUUUUAAUUACAGUAUUACUUUAAACUCUCAAAAAGAAAAUGCAGUUGCCCUACAUUUUGCAUAGGCAAAAAGAGGUCUAAGGUCAAAUCCAAACUUUCAACUCUAAGGAUCCAGAGUGGUGUAGUUUAGCUUUGAAGUGAUGCUGCAGUUGUGCAGCCUUCAAAUAUAUUUUGUUUCAUCCUUCCCUGGAAAAAAAGAGGGAACAAAUACAGAUACAGUUUAUUGCAGAUUACCCAAAAAAGUCUGGCGAUAUAGCAUGAGAGAAAAAAAAAUACAGCAAGUAUGGUGUUAUUGAUGAAUGAAGAGCAUGGGGAAAGGGAGAGGCUUAGAAGUGUUCUCAGCAAAUCCAGAAAACCAAAGACUUGCUUUGCAUUCCCUCGUGCAUUUAUUCCUUGUCACACAGUGCUGUGACACUGGCACCCCCAAGGAGCUCCUGUGGCAUCGUGGGCUCAGCUACCUCGCCUGGAACGUGGAGAGAGGUAUUUUGUGAGACACGGGGAAAAGGGACCACACACAGUCACCAUCUUCAUUCAGCGCCGAUUUUAGGAAGUUUUACUGGGUGGGCAAGCAGCCAUGCUGGUCCCUUACAGUGAUAAUCAGUAUUUGGGGUGUAUCAGAGGUGUGAUUCCCAUGCCUCCAAGUCCUCCUAGUCCCAGGGCCAUGUCAUGCCCAGGUGUGUCCCAGCCAGCUCCCAAGCCUAGACUUGGGUGAGGAUGUAGCUGGGUUUGAAAGUGUGUAAGAUCCCAACAUCCCAUCGUCAACAUCACCAGUGGUUUCAGGAUCAGACCUUCAGCAAGUGAUGUUUUUCAAACCUAAGGAAUACAAAGAUGUCACCAUAAUCCUUUUGUACUUUGCAGACUGUAAGAGUACUUUUUAAAGCCAGUUAGUCAAUGCAAAAUUAAUGCUUUUAUAAUAACAUACAUAAAGAACGUGAAAAAUUACUGGUAUUUCUGACAAUGUGCAAAUCAAACACCAGGUUUUCUCAAUGGGUAUAAUUUCCUAUUCCAUGCAAGUAAAAUUAUGUCCAGUAAAUUUUUGCUUGUAGUAACAUCCAUGGUCUGCACAGGCAGUGCAAGAAUCCAGUUCCAGUUUUAUAGUAAAACCUCAGUGUCUGAAAGCACAAUAUCUAAAAAAUGGUUUGGGGAUUGAUUGUGGCGGGUUUUUUUGUGUGUGUAAACAUUGUUUAUUUACAAAAAUAAAAAUGCUAUAAUUCUACAUAUACAAACCCAUCUUUAGCUCACUAGAAUACUACUUUAUUGGAUAUUCUCAACAAUAAUAUUCAUUCCAAAUUUCCACCCAAUUUAAAUUACUUGAGUUUCAAGAUAACUUGUUGAAAAGUAUUCCUAUUUGUUUCUUUUUGAAAGGGCAUGGCUUAGUAGAUAUCUUUAGCUGAGCUGGCAUUGCUAUCUGCUAUUACAAACCUCAACAUUUUACUUCUGGAGCUAAUUAGCUUCUUCAGCUAAUUCUGGAGCUGGUUUUGGUAUUUGUUCAUUUCUGCAUUGAAUUCUAGAAGAAACUACCAGUUCUGUGCUGUUUUCUGGUUGAUAGCACUUCCCUUUUUGCAUUGAUUGCAAAUAGCUGAAAUAUUAACACCAGCAAAUGUUCCCAGACACACCAAAAUUAGUCACUUUUCUGAAUGUUUUUUCUUUCUUAAAUUGUUUUGUAAAAUCUAAAAUCUGAUUGUAAAUUACAUCAUGGUUGGAAUUAGCAAGAUUAAUAUUUUUUCAACAACAGAGUUGCUUGACAUGAAUUCUGUGAAGGAUGCUAAUGAUUCAGUUUUGUGUAAAAAGACCUGCCUAUUUAAUUUCCCCAUUUUAUCUAAUUUGUUUCAAAUUCUUAAAGUCAAAAGCAUGUGAGUCUCAUUUGGAAAAUGCCCUAUACUGUACGUUUGCUCCUACAAACAGAGCUUUUAGAGGGGUGGAAACUGAGCCUGCCUGAUUGCUGCAAACAGAAUUGCAUGUAUAAACCUUCAAAACCUGAAUAUUUAUACCUGUUUGGUCAUUGCAAACCAAGGGCAUGCUAUUAUAAUUCCAAUUCAAGCAAAGAAACAUAAAUCACAGGGCUCAACUGUCUGCUAACUACUUUUCUCAAAAAGGCCACACAGCUACAGGGCCAAGGGUGAUGGAUGGACUCAUGCACAACAAUAUUAUUCUGGAGUUUGGUUUGGGGGCUGGGAGUUGGCAGUGGGGUGGUUAAAGCAGCUUGGCUGGGUGGAUCCAGGCAGUUCCCAUUGCUGAGCCUCAGGAGAUGUUUGCCAGUACUAAAGAAGUGUAAAAGAUAAUGGACAUAUCAUUGAGCCUCUCUUGAGAAGCACAGCAAAGUGCUGUGGCCUGUGCUAGGCAGUUUCUGGCCAGCUUUGAACCCUUGAUCGUUCCUGAAACUGGAGUGUUUGGGACACAGGUGCAGCUGUCUGCACUGGCAAAGAAGUCCUACUGUGAUCCUUCUUUCCUCAUAAAAUGGAUAGAGAGAUUUGUUUAGACUUUCCAUAUGAUGACAGCAUAUAUAAAUAUUGCAAGAUGAAUCAAUUACCAACUCUGGCUAUAUUUGCUAAGAGAUCUUCAUCAGUAAAAACAAGAAAAAAUGUCUUACCAGUAUGGUAAAUCGACAAAAGUGGUGUUCUGAACAAAAAGUAAGGUGCCAAAAUAUACAUUUGGACCCCAAAGCUCAGGCAUGUGUCACAAAAUUAUCAUUCUUUUCCAAUGCUCAAUGCACCUGUAUCUUUUGGGAAAAAACCUUGGCUUCUGCCAGAACCGGGCAUGCAAGGCUUGUAUUUUCUUUAUCUGUAAGAAAGCAAAAUGUAUCUGAGGACAUGCCUUGGUCUGCACAGUGCUCAGGGACGGACUUGCCUCCAUCCCCUAAUUUAAACAUGCCCCUGGACCAUUAAUACUGGUCAGUCUCCAGCAGAAAAUGGACAAAUGGCCCUGCCUUGGUGUGUCUGUGGUGUUUGGGGAGCAGCUGAAUGUCAGGGCAAACCACAGCUGUCUCCUCCAGCCAAGCCCCUGCCAGGGUGGGAUCCAUCCCGCUGCCAGGCCCUGGUCUGCAGCCAGGGAUUGUACUGCCAGGAGAGUGGUGCAAAUCAUCAGCAAUGUGCUCUUAUCCCUGCCUUCUUAAUGGGCUAAAAACAGUGGAAAACAGAGAGAUCAUUUUCUGCUUUAAUGAUCAAAAGGGUGUUGCCCAUUAUUCACAGCCUACACACAAGAUGUUAUGAUUUUCAAUUUUCCUGCACUAAUCAUUCAGUUCAUUUGGCAGCUGACCUUCAAGUGGCCAUGGUUUUUCAAAAAAAGGAGGAAAAAAACCCAAAGAGGAGACCCAAACACCCAUUGUCAGCAUUUCAGACAAGCAAAAUAAUCACGAAUGAAGUGGUAAGGCUCUUGCAUACAAAAGCUGUGAGCAGAGCUUCCUCUGUUUGCAGCAGCUAGAUGUUUUCAUGACAGUGGGAGAAGUUUGGGUUCAGGAGAGCAUCAGCUGGAUGUUUAGGGUGCUGGACAUUGCCCUGCAAACAGCUGCAGCCCCAAAAUGGCACGUUUUGAACAAAUUUCUGCAGCUGUUUCUGCACUGCUAGGGACAUUUCACAUCCCUGCUACUGAAAUCAGAGGAUGGCAGCAAGUGUUACACAAGAAAUUUAUUGUCACUGGUGCAUAUGGGUAUUGGCCAGGGACAUUUUUAAUAACCCAGAGAAAUUUCAGCUGAGUGUUGGUCAGAAUAAAGGACAUUUUGCCAUCCAGAAACAGCUGCAGCAGGUCCCAGAGCCUGACAUCAUACAACAUACUCCCGAAGAGUCUAACCACACAGAGAUUACCUAAACAAGCCAAAAGAGAUGGUAGGGUCUAAGAAGCAAGUGUUCCUGUGGCUUGAAUGUGGAGUAACUUGGUUGAAUUGCAGGGGGUAAAUAGCCUAAUUAAAUAGAUGUGAUGACUUAAAUGCCUGCUAGAAGUCAAAAGGUGAUGCAUGUAUUUUUCCAUCCAAAUUUUGAUUGUGUUUACCAGGUUAAGAGGUAAAAUGAAGAAACCUAAGUUCCUGUAUAUCAUUGAUUGGAAAACUCAGAUUUUUACUCUCUUCCAGAUAAUGCUUCCUUGCAAAACAAUAAACUGGAAUAAAUUUAAAGAUUGAAAUCUGUUUAAACAAGAGGAAGUUUUAAAAAUGCUUUAAUCCUGGGUUGACAGGAACUUACUUAACCUCCAACUCGUACCAUAAUUGUGACUGCUCUUGGCGAAUCAGUCCCACUUCUGAUGUCAGCUCAGGUUUUUUCCCCUGUAAGAUCUUUGAAUGAAGAGGACUAAAAGCCAUAUACAAAGCCAGUCAAACGUGGAUCACGUUUCACUGGUUCAUUAUAUACAGUUUGCAAACAAAAAUGGGUAUUUUGGGCUUGGCAUCCCUUCAUUCACAGAAACAUGUUUAUGGAUGCAGGAGGCAGAGACAGCUGAGGUGCAGCUGCUUUGGAGAGCAGUGCAGAGGCAUUGGCAGAGGAUGUUUAGGGCUGGUGGUUAAGGAGACUGUGGAAAAUCCCACUAGUGGUGUCCAGGGAACAUUCCUGUGUGUUUUUAAUGCCAUGAAACCUGAUCAAGUAUGAAUUCUCUACAUCUGGGAGGAUGUCAAAUUCCAGGUGACGUUUGGAAUGUUGCAAUUAAACUACUACAAAGACUUUUGAAAUAAACAGGA